GUUUGGACUGACCUAUGUUUAUGUUUCUGCAGAGAAGAGAUGGACUGGACAAGCUAGCAUCCCGCUGACACUUACAAGGGCUCACUAAGGCACUCCCCAGAAGGACUUGAGGACGUUGUACUUUUUGCACUAACUUUGUAGAGGAAUUGUUGCCAUCGCAGCUAUGGGCAACACCAGCAGUGAGCGUGCAGCUAUGGGUCACCAUGGAGAGAAGGGGCGCAGAGACAGCCGGGGGCACAAAGAGGGAGAGAGACCCAAGAUCCUCAUGGACAGCCCGGAGGAUGCAGACAUAUUUCAUACUGAGGACAUCAAAGCUCCAUUAGAAAAAGAGGAAUUCUUAGCAUGGCAACAGGACAUAGAAGCUGAUGACAAAGAUCCCACUUUGGACCGGCCGACAGUUUUCCGCUGGAAAGGUGAAGGGAAAGAAGUGUUCCUCUCAGGAUCCUUUAACAACUGGUCAAACAAGAUCCCCCUCAUCAGAAGUCAGAACACCUUUGUGGCCAUUGUCGAUCUUCCAGAGGGGGAGCACCAGUACAAGUUUUACGUGGAUGGCCAGUGGACCCACGACCCAGCGGAGCCUGUUAUAACCAGCCAACUCGGUACCGUCAACAACAUCAUCCAAGUGAAGAAAACUGACUUCGAGGUGUUUGAUGCUCUAAUGGUAGACUCUCAGAAAUGCUCCGAUAUGUCAGAUCUCUCCAGCUCUCCACCAGGGCCCUAUCAUCAAGACGCCUAUGUUCCCAAACAAGAGGAAAAGUUUAAGUCCCCACCAAUACUUCCUCCUCAUCUUCUGCAAGUCAUUCUCAACAAAGAUACCGGGAUAUCCUGUGACCCUGCGUUACUGCCGGAGCCCAAUCACGUGAUGCUUAACCAUCUGUAUGCUCUCUCCAUCAAGGAUGGAGUGAUGGUGCUGAGUGCGACCCAUCGCUACAAAAAGAAGUAUGUGACCACCUUACUAUACAAGCCCAUCUGAAGACACCUACUCCUGGCUCUGUGUGUGAGUUACACAGGGCUUUAUCACUCACCCUCCAUAACCCCAACCAUCUGCAGAGAGAGCCACUCUUACUGUAUCAUACCUGUAGAUAGGAGGAAUACGUUAUUUUGGUUUAGAUAGACUGCAGUAUUUUGCGAGGUUUUCUCAUUGGAGUCACUGGGUUCACAUCUGUGUAGUUACAUUUUCCAUAAAACAGGGCUAGUGUGAUUAUUGAAUAUGUAAAAAGCAUAUCACAUUGAAUUAUAAUACAUAUUUAAAUGUCACUGCUCAUUUAGAUUUAAUUUAAAACUCACCAUCCAGUUAUUAUCUGUAAUAAGCGAUUCAAAACACUUUUAUUAUCCAUAGAGAGAAAGUUAUUACACUGAUAUAGGACGAUAUGCUGUCUGAACCUUAAAGGGGCUGUACGAGAUUUUUUCAUGCAUUAAUUUCUGUCUUGCCACAGUACAGAUGUUGUAAAAGCAUCAACCAGGAAGUAAGGCUGAUGCGCCGUAAGCAUGCUUAUCGCAGUGAAUAAUUAGGCAGGAAAAGUAAACUAGUUCUGUUUUUCAUGUUUAUAAGACAAUUAAAAUCUGGUACAGCACUUUUAAAUGAACAGACAGUAAAGCUGUUCUGUGAUGUGGCGCAUAGUGGCGGACGUCACAGUAUAUAUGAAGAAUGUUUAGUUUAACACUAGAGGUGCAUUGAAUCAUUAUCACUGCUGUUACUUGUAGCCUGUAUAGCUUGAAAAUCUAUAGUUAAUAUACUGUACUUUUUAUUUUUUAUUUAACUUUUGACACAUAGAUGCACUUUAAUCACAACAUUUCCAAAUGGAUUUUAUAUUCAAUCAGUUUUGACAACACUUUGCCUGCUCUUAAUUUAUUGAAUAGGAACAGAGACCAUUAUAAUAUUACUGAAUAUACCGCAUAAGGCCUAGAGUGCCCCCUUGAGUGCAGCUUCAGUAUGACUCAUAUAAAUAAUUCCAUUUUCCUCUGUAUAUCAACACCUCCUAGAUUUUGUCUACACUUGAGUUGCAAGUUUGUUUUGUCAUUUGAAUGCAAUGUUAUUUUUAGUUACUGGUCAAGGCUGUUCAUUCCAUAUUUAUAGAGGUCUAAAGGAACUGUAUGUACGAUUUGGAGUUUAAAUUUCCUAAACAUGUCCUGUGUCCCCAGCUACGAGAUAAGUUCAUAUCAAAUAUAGCUUUAACUGAUGACAAUUAUAAUGGUGAUUUUUUUUCUUAGUUACAAAAACACUGGACACAUUUAUUUAUGUUAUAAUUUGGUAUUUUGUCUCUUAAAAUGAUUAGCUAAUUAGAAUGCAUAGUGAGAAUGCAUAGUCUCUUUAGGUCGCCAGUUUCAAUACUGAAACCCCAGCACCUGCAGCCAAUCAUUAAUCAGUGCUAGUGCAGCCUGUGCUGCUCAGGGAGUGAAUUCUGGAAGUUCUGAGCUUUCACAUGAGCCGUGGCCUGUCCAUAUACUGAGAAUGAGAAAAACUUGUAUGUGUUCUCUAGCCGCAGGAUUAGGCACUGGUAAAUCAGGUUAAAUUGUGAUUGUAAUACAGUUUUAUCAAACUUUUAGAGCAGACUACAUACAGUUCCUUUAAUAUUAAAAGCAAAGAAUGUAUUAUUAUGUAUUUAAACCAUUUCAUUUAUUUAGACUAUUUAAUAAUUACUAAUUGUAAAUUAGGUUCUGUUUAAAGAAAAUGCUGAUCUGAUACAAGGCACAUUUCCUACAAAUGUGAAAAUGCAAUGUGAAGUCUUCUGUUGGACAAUCAUUUCAGCUGGCUAGGCUUUAGUCACAGUUUUAUUGUUUUAGUUUAAUAUGUACAUGUUGAAUUAUGCGGAUGUUUAAUGCUUUUAGAUCUGAAUUUGAAUUAGAUUUAUAUUAAAGGAUUAAACAAUG